GACAUGACGCUGUUGGUUUUUUUUUACUCUACUCGUUUCGUGUUUUCGAUGCGUCUUGAGUGUGUACCUAUCUGGCUAUUUUUAUUUAUUUUCAACCAUCACUGCUUUGUUAUUACGGAUUCCGACCCUGCCUGCCUUGUACGACCAUUGCUUCUACACUGGACACCGAAGAUCGCUCACAUCACGUUUGACUUGAAAUUGGAUACUGUUUAAAUUAUGGAUCGCUGUGUGAAUUGUGGGAUAGCAAUUGAUAAUUGCAAUUCCAUAGGCCGUCGACCCUUGGACAGAGAAACAAUACUGUCAGUAUUUCGACAGUGGCUUGCACCUAAAUCUGUAAGUAAUUAUAAUCUUAUUAAAACAACUACUACCUAAAUAAUACACAUGUAUGUAUCAUGCCUAAGGUAUUCUCAUCUAGUCAACAUUAGGUGGUACAGAGACGUAAUGCAGUAGGUGAAUUAAAAACAUGAAAAAUGGAAAAUGUGAGAUUUAUAUAUUGAAUAAAUGAAUGAACUAUAUAUAAAGUAAAAAAAGUAAUUUAGAUAUACAGUAUGACUUUUGCAACAUAAGCUCUUUAGAAACUGAUUUAAGGUAAUUGUUCCAUUUGUAGGUAAACAGCAGUGACUAUGUUUGUCAAGCAUGCUGGGACUUGGCUCAAAGUCCACAUAUUGAUAGACAAAUAAGACAACUUGGACACCGUAAUGUCUGCCUCCGCUGUGGGCGCUCUCUUGCAUCACGUGCCAAUCAUCUUCUUCAUAUCAACUCAACCCGUGAAUCAAGAAUUUAUAAUGUUAUACAAGAGUGGAUUAUUCCCCAAACUAUACAAGCAGGAAGUCACAUAUGCCAUACUUGUUGGGUGGCUGCAGACAGAGCUGCAGUCCAUAUGGUCUCGGGCCCGUCGACUUCAUCCCAACAAAACAGAUCUCAAGAACAAGAUGUGUCUCUCAAUGAGGAAGUUAGAAACAACCAACCGGAACCUACUAUUGUUUUGCCAGAAUAUAUGAGAGCUUCUGAAUCUGAAAGUAGGUGCUUCAUCGAAGGAUGCAGGAGAACAGAAAGAUACAGAGUCCCAUUAUCUACUAGAAAAAUGUUACUUAAUAAAUAUAAAUAUUACAUACCUGAAAAUAACCGUCUUUGUGACGAACAUUUGGUUAUUGAGGCAUGGGAUUUCCUAGACAGUUUAAGAUCUCAUUAUGUUCAAAAUUUUACUGCAAAAUAUAUUCAGGACAUGUUGUCCUUAAAAGAAGUUGUAGAUGAUGGAUUACUUCAUUUUGAAAAUAUAAAUAACAUGGAAGAGCAUGUCGUACACACGUGGACUGGAUUAAAUAAAGCACAGUUCAAUCAGAUGUUCACUGAAGUUCCUGAGUUGUUGGAAAUGCCAAAUGCAACCUUAGCUCUGGCCGCUUAUCUGAUGAAAAUCAGAACAGGGGACUCCAAUGAAAGGUUGGCAACUUUAUUAAAAGUAUCUAGGUCAACUUUAGAAAAGUGGUUAAGUCAAGUGAGAGAAUUACUCACAGAGUAUUUUGUACCAAGAAAUCUAGGUUUGAAUAAUUUAAAUAGACAACAAAUUAUAGAACGGAAUCUUGCGAUACCAAAGACAUUGUUUGGAAGCUUUGAAGGUGUUGACAGACCAAUAGCUAUAUUUGAUGGAACUUAUUGUUAUGUUGAGAAGAGCUCAAAUUAUUUGUACCAGAAAAAAACAUAUAGCCUGCACAAAUACAGAAAUCUGGUAAAACCAUUUUUAAUUGUUUGUACUGAUGGGUAUAUUAUCGAUGUUUUGGGCCCAUACCCAGCCACAGCUUCUGAUGCUGAGAUCAUGAAAAAAGAAUUUGUCAAUGGAAGACCUUUAAAAGAAUAUUUCCAUCCAGGUGAUGCCUUUAUAUUAGAUAGAGGCUUUCGUGACUCACUACCUUUGUUGCACCAAUGUGGGUAUAGGACAUAUGUGCCUGCUUCUUUAGAGGAGGGUGAAACACAGCUAUCAACUAGUGAGGCUAAUAAAUCCAGGGCAGUCACUAUAUGCCGUUGGGUGGUUGAAGCUGUUAAUGGUAGAUUCAAACGUGAUUUCAAGUUAUUACGACAAAAUUAUUUUAAUGUUGCCAGUACAAGUUUCAUGAAAGAUUUUGAGGUGGCGGCUUCACUUUUAAAUAAGUUUCACCCUCCUAUAGUUGAUCGUGCAGAUGCUGGGGAAAUAAUACUACAAAUAAAUAGGUACAUGAAUACAGAAAAUGAAUUAGCUGAUUUUAUUAUAAGAAAUAAUUAUAAUAAGCGUCGAGCUAAUUUUGAAAGCAUUACAGUGCAGAAUGAUAAUUUAAAUGAUUUUCCCCAGCUCUCCGACAGUGAAUUAAUAUUAAUUUCUUUGGGCACAUACCAAAUAAAGCAGGCACGCUCCUACUAUGGUGAACAUAUUAGAGUAAAUAACGAUUUUAAUAUAGAAGUGUGCAAGGAGGUCAGCAGCAGCCUUCUUCGAGAGCUGUCGGCUUCUAAUACGUCUUACCUGGUUAGGGGUCGCAUACAAUCCCGACACAUAAGUCGGAAAACUUAUUUCGUUUAUAUUUUAGUCGACAGCUCUCGUAUAGGAAGGGAAGCUAUUAUCAUCAAUUAUUGUAAUUGUAUUGUAGGCAGACGAACUGUAGGCUGCUGCGCUCAUGUUAUGACUAUUAUAUGGUACCUUAGCUGGGCUAGGUACCAAGACAAUAUUGUUCCUCCCGCACUCUUCCUGGACGACACUUUAUUAAUAAUUGAAGGUGAAUAAACUAGGUAUACAAUACAUUGUGUUUUAUUUUUCUCGACACCUUUUAAGUAAAUCCAUACCUGAUAUAUAUCAUUGAUAUUCAUUU